UCAAAAUGUCCAAAGGGCCUCUUAUUCUCUGGCUGCUGAUUGAACUUGGGCGGCUUUCUCUGACUACACCAGAGACUGUGAGAGGGUAUUUGGGUCAGUCGGUGACCUUGCCCUGUAAGUACUCUUCCUGGUCUGAGAGCAGCAACAGCAUGUGCUGGGGCAAGGGGCAGUGUCCCAAAUCCAAAUGCAACAAUGAGCUUCUCCACACUGAUGGGAUGAGGGUGCUGUCCAGGAAGUCAUCAAAAUAUGAACUCCAGGGCAAUAUCCGAGAAGGCAAUGUCUCCUUAACCAUCCUCAACACGAACGAAGGUGACAACAGUGUAUACUGCUGCCGCAUAGAGGUCCCUGGCUGGUUCAAUGACAUGAAAAAGAACAUUCGCCUGCAGCUGAGGAGAGCCCCAACAACCAAGGGCUCAACAACAUAUCUCCCAAGAACCACCACUGCCAUGACGACAACCACGGUUGUGCUUCCAACAACAGCUGUGACUACACCUGAGCUCACAACCAGAACACCACUUCAGACUACACUAACAACAGUGGCAACCACAUGCCCCUCAACAAUAUCGACCUUUCUUCCUGAAGCAACCACAGUUCUUCAGACCACUGAGCCUUCAAUGGGAGCACCCGCCUUCACUACAGAGUCUGAAGGUUGGGUUCUCCAGUCAACAUCCCAAGCAUCAAUGUGGGAAACGAGUGAAUCAAUGACUUUUCCUCAGCCAAGAGCAUCUGAGACAGCAAUGCUUGUACAGAACGAAGCUGAAUCAGAAGAGGUAAAAAUGUUCAUCAACUCUGACCUGCUAAUGAUCAUUGUUCCCUCCGUGGGAUUUGUGCUGUUGGUGUUGCUUGUGGCAUUUUUCCUUCGAGGGAAAGUUGUGAAAACCAAUUGUUUCCAGAAACACACAAGGCUUGACAAUUUUGGAGAAUGUAAAAACACCUCUGAAGACAUGCAGCAUGGAAGAGAAGAUGAAGAUGGUCUUUUCACACUCUAACAGGCCACUUUUCCUUAGGAUUGAAGAUGGGGGGGAUGAUGUGGGAACUGUCAAAAUAAGUCUUAGAAUGUUUUGUUUCUAAAGCCCCAUCUAUUCCAUUGGUGUCAUCAGUCCAGUAUUGCAUAAUUUCACAGGUGCAAAGGACUUUAGAGACCGCACCUUCCCUGCCGGGUGUUUUAACCUCUUCUGUAGCAUCAUGCUAAGUGAUCUUCCCGACUAUGCUUGAAUACUUUCAGUGAUGGUGAGCUCACUGCCACACCUAAAGGAGAUCAUUCAAUCUCAGGGCAGCUCCCAGAAAUAUUUAAAACAAAGUCUGUCUCCAGAUAGCACCUGCCUGUCAGUCCUAGUUGAACUUACUGUGUUUACCCAGAACAUGUGUAAUCUCUCUUCUCUCUGGCAGCACUCCAGAUACUGGAAGGAGAACUUCAUGUCUCUCCAAAUUGCCUUGUUUCUGGAACACGAUUUCUGGUCCCUUCUCUACCCUAGUUGCCUUUGCCUUGUGUGCAUUUGCAUCUCUCUCUUUAUGCCCAGCUUACGGGGUUCAGUGCCCCACUCCAGGUGUGGUAUGUGCAGCCCUGAGUCUCAUUAAUAAUUCAGGAAGUGAUGUGGAACCGUACAUAAUUUUGGCUCUUUUUUUUUGUUUGUUUGUUUGUUUUAAGAAAAGAUUCUCCCUUAAGGAGGGCUCUGCAGUGGCAGGUGUGGUCACACAGAGUCAGGACUUUCCUGCAACAGGAAGAAAAGGUCCAGGCAGAGUUGGUUGUCACUGACCUCAUUUAAGCUGGCAUUUCCCUGGACUCCUAUAGCAGCUCCUGAGCUGCCUCCCCCUCUACACUCCUUCCCCUCUCGGAUUUGCUCUCCAUGCUGUGGCAGAGAUAUCCUUUUCUAAAUGCAAGUCAGAGAUUCCUGUCUCCCGACUUCUACUCUCGGUACAGAGGAAGCACUUGGGCUCUGCCUGACACUGGGUGGCCAGGGACUUCAGAGGACAGGCAGUCGACACAGACAAGUGAGGCAAAGGAAAGUGCCUGGGCUGUUACAAAGUGGAAUGUGUCUGUGUCCACUUGAAGGCAUUAACACUCCAACUUACAAUAAUGUCCUGGCCAAGCAACACAUGGCCAUGGGCUAGAAGAAGGCAACCGGUCUGAGACUCCAAAGUCCAGGGGGUAGAGUGUGGGUUUUACUAAAUGAUGAAUUAAUAAAUAUACAAUUAU